UUUUCCCUCUCCAUUCUCGGCCAUGCCAGUAUUCCACCAUGAUUUUUUUUCCAUUCAACCAUUAUUUUUUUCAUAAGUAUAAUAUGAUUUUGACAUCAUAUUACCAUACUUGCUUUUCUUUUCUAGAUCUAUUUCUGAAACUCUCUUCUUUUCCCCGUCUUUUUCUCUCCACCAUAGCAGCACCGGUGUUACCGCCUAGUAUUUUCCUUGAUCCUUCUCUAGUCGUGAAACCAAAAAUCGAAUUCUUACCUUUCGGUUUUGAUCUAAGCUCUUACUCUCUUCCUUCAACUUCUAUGACUUUGUCUCUAUUAGUGGCUGCUGUUUUUCUUCCUGAUUGUCUUACUAUUACAUUGAUGGCAGAGAUACAAUUUGACAACUUAAGAAACCAAGGUGCUGAUGAGCAUCCACAAAUUGUGGAAGUUGAAUUAGUAACUGAUUCCAGACAAGUAGAGAAAGGGAAUAUUGUUAAUGGGAAAAGAAAGAAAGGUAAGUGAUGGGAAUCAACAUGACAACAUAUCUACUACGUCAUGUGAUCCAUUACACACCCAAGGAGGUCCAGUCACGCGAGCUAGAGCUAAGAAGAUGCGUGAAGCUUUAAAUGGCCUUAUUGAGCAGAUCUGGGUUGAAAACAA